CAGCACUGUUGCCUACCUGCCACACAGUCGGGGCACCAAUUUUUGCCUUCUGCAUCCACCGAGCCAGAAAACAAGGCGAUUAUCGUUUUUCCUUUGUGUUCCUUUGCCUUUGUCUCAAAUUGUGCGAUCCCCUCAACAUGUACCUGUACAACCAUAGCUGAUUUAGUGAAAUAGAACAGUCAUUGCUGGACCAUGGCGACAGGCAUUGGGAUGAAAAUGUCGAUUUCUAUUAUUUCAAAGAAAUUUGAGUCCGUGACAGAUAUCAGCACGGACACACUGGCUAAAUGGAUAAAAUAUCGUUCCAUGCCCUUUGAACCAGCUGGAAACAAUACCAUAACCGGGAAUCAGAGCACGUCCGGGAGUGAAAAUGUGACAGGUUCCUCGUCGGAACAUCAAGUAAAUGAAGUCACCAAUGCCACAAGAAAACUUGUCCUCCUGGACUGCCGACCAGAGGAAGAGUUCGUGAUCAGUCAUCUGAAAGGAUCUGUAAGGGUAGAUUUCGACAAAGAUUUGAUCGAAAUCAUAAAGACAUUACCGCAAGAUCUCCAGCCAGUCAAAAAUCUGGGAAACACUGACAUCGUAUGCUACUGUUCGAUCGGAUAUAGAUCAUCUACUGUCGCGGAUAAAUUCCAGAAAUACAUGAAGGCAAACACAGCUUCUCUUCGUCCCGGUUCCGAGUUUCCCGCAGUAUUUAAUUUAGAGGGCAGCCUUUUCAAAUGGGCAAACGAAAGUCGUCAUAUGGUAGACAUCGACGGGAGGACAACGACCUUCGCUCACCCAUACAAUGCAAUGUGGGGUAAACUUUUGAACGCUGAACUGAGGAAGUGGACAUUAUAAAUGAUAUAUUAUCAUUCAAUCGUAUUGAAUGUGGUGUUAAAAAUAAAUAUGAAAAGAA